GCCCAGCUUAUCUGACCUUGCUAACAUUCUUCAAACCCACAUUGGACAACAAAGAGCACAACAGGCUAUGUGGGACAAAGAGGUUGCCAGACAAGAUCAGAGGUUUAAGGCUCUUCAACAUCAGUUCAGCCUUCUUCAACGUGAGGUCCAGUCACACUCUCCAAACCAAGAGCCGACUUCAUCACCCAGAUGUCAAACAACUAAUGCUUCAGGUGGUUCUCACUCAGAGGCUUCAUCAUCACCAAGAGACCUUGACUAAGGUCAUAUGUUUAAUCUUCCUUCACAUAAGAAACAACCAAAGUUACAUCCUUUAAAUGAAGAUGAUAACAUUGAGCAUUUCCUGAUAACUUUUGAGAGAAUAGCAGCAGCUUGCAGAUGGCCAAAGUCGGAGUGGGCAUUUCAUCUCAUUCCAUUACUAACCGGCAAGGCCAGAAGCGCAUGUGUUCAUAUGGAUGUUGUUGUAUCUAUGAACUAUGAUGACGUUAAAUGUGCGAUUCUCCAGAAGUAUGACAUCAACUGUGAAACCUAUCGUCAGAGAUUUCGCUCACCCAAAGGUAAAAGUGUUGAAGAAAUUAGUGACAUGAUUAUUCUGGAGCAGUAUCUUCGAAUGUUGUCACCAGACCUUCAAGUGUGGGUUAAGGAGAGAGAUCCAAAAACUGCAUCUGAAGCUGCUUCUUUGGCUGAGGCGUUUGUGGCUGCUCGAGGGAAAAGGCAAUCUUGGGCUUACAGUAUCCAUAAAAGGAAUGGACAUCCUGCUGAUCAACAGGAUUCAAUUGGUUCAAGAGUGAGUAAGCCUCCGACUGAAAAACUCACACCCGCACACCAUUCCAAACCUUUUAUUAAAAAGCCCAUUUGCUAUUUGUGUGGCCAGGAGGGCCACACAAAGCCCAAGUGCCCCCAAAAUGCUGCAAAGUUUUCACAGAUGUGUUUUGUGCCCAGAAUACCACCUGAACCAACCCAUGUGAGGAGCCCUCUGCAGGAGACAUCUGUGGAAAUAAAUGGUCAAAUGUUGAAAGCUCUCAUAGACACCGGAAGUACACAAACAUUAGUCCAGAGCAAAUACGUCUCACCACAUGCCAUCACGCCCACCAAGGCUCUCUCCAACUGCUGCGUGCAUGGAGAUGAGAAGCAAUAUCCAACUGCACAUGUUUACUUUAAAGUGAGAGGACAGAUCUAUCUGCUGAAUGUUGGUGUUGCAGACAGUUUGCCUUACCCAGUUGUGUUGGGGCAUGAUUUACCUGUUCUACUGGACUUAUUGCAUGUUACUCAGGGAUGCAAUGUUGCUGUAACUCGGGCCCAAGCGAAACAAAACGGUAAAACUGAAGUGUUGAGCUCAAUGCCAUUCUUUGAUGCAGAUAUAGAAGUUGGGGUGACUAAAGUGCAUAAAUCACGCAAACAGCGAAGACGAGAGAAGUUUCUGCAUAAUGUCAAGUCAACUGCAGCACUACCACAACCUGACACUUUGCUUGGCUACCAAAUCCCUGGUAAUAUUAGUGAGUUGCAGCACCAGGAUGAAGCCUUAGCUGAGUGUUUUAAAAAGCUGGAAAGGUAUGGAAGUGCAAAGACUGACCUCUGUAUUGAACACAGCAUUCUCUAUCAACUGCAUGGAGCAGUGAAACGACUAAUGGUUCCUCGUGACGUCAGAGACACCAUUUUAUCUCUGGGCCAUUCAAUUCCCUGGGCUGGCCACAUGGGGAAGAAUAAAACCUUGGCUUGCAUCCAGAGGUGGUUUCACUGGCCUGGUCUACAGAAAGAUGUCACUAACUUCUGUAAAAGUUGCCCGCAAUGCCAGAAGACUUCAAGCAGAUUUCCAUCUAAAGCUCUUCUCCAGCCUUUACCAAUCAUCAGCACCCCCUUCGAACGCCUUGGAAUGGACAUUGUGGGACCAGUAAAGAGAAGCAAGUAUGGUAAUCGGUUUAUGCUUGUCAUUACUGAUUAUGCAACUAAAUACCCUGAAGUAUUUGCUCUAAAGUCAGUAAAAGCUAAAACUGUUGCUUCUUGCCUGGUUCAGUUUUUUUCAAGAGUGGGAUUUCCCAAGGAAAUCUUGACUGACCAAGGCACAAAUUUCAUGUCGAAGCUGCUAAAGGAUGUGUAUCAGUUACUUGGCAUCAAAAGCCUGCGGACUACACCCUACCAUCCUCAAACAGAUGGCUUAACAGAAAGGUUUAAUCAAACUUUAAAACAAAUGUUGCGCAAGUUCACCAAUGACACAGGUUCUGACUGGGACCAGUGGCUCUCCUUUCUGCUUUUCGCUUACAGGGAAGUUCCACAAGCCUCCACUGGGUUCUCUCCAUUUGAGUUGCUGUUUGGCCAUGACGUGAGGGGACCUCUAGCGCUUUUUAGGGAAACCUGGGACGAUGGAGGAAGCAGAGAACCAGUUAACGUUGUGUCUUACGUCCUCAAGAUGAGAGAGAGGUUGGAGAAGAUGUCUACCCUUGCUCAGGAGCACAUGGUGAGCUCUCAAGCAAACCAGAAAACCUGGUAUGAUAAACGUGCUCGCACCAGAAGUUUUUGCCCUGGUCAGAAAGUGUUGGUGAUGCUGCCGUCUGUGGAGAGUAAGCUACUUGCUAAGUGGCAAGGGCCCUUUGAAGUUAUGCAAAAAUUAGGUCCCACCACUUACAAGAUCUCUGUUCCAGAUAACGGCCGCAGCAGCCGUGUCCUGCAUGUCAAUCUGCUGAAGGAAUGGAUCCCUGGAGCAGAAGAAAAACGCACUGUGACCUUCAUAAGGAGCAUGACUGACGAAGAAGUGGAAGAACAGUACCUGCCCACUCCAUCAGCCACUGCUCUCCAACUAAGCCACCUAUCUGAUCAGCAGCAACUCCAGCAGAACGAUUCGGACCAGGUGCAGUCAGGGCCGUCCUUUGUGGUGGUGGUGGCCAUUGACUUCGGCACAACAUCCAGCGGAUAUGCUUACGCCUUCACCAAGGAGCCCGAGUGCAUUCACACCAUGAGGUAGGCCCGCCCACUAAUGCAGGAGGAAGUGUGGGGGAGGGCUCUGCACUAUAUCACCAUGCUGACGUCGGCCUGCUUUGAAGGCUGCUUAACAGCUGCUGAGCUUAUGGAUCACAGAGUUAAGAAAAUUAUCCAAAGAAGUAAAAAAGAGACUUUUAAAAUCCUG